CUACCCGGCUACUCCACUCCUAAUCUCCUACGCCCGCUACUCCGUUAGCCGCUGCAGCUGCACGGCCGACGACCUCCUCGUCUGCAACGCUGCCACAAAACCUGACACUUCCAUCCAUCCUCCGGCCAUCACCCGCCAUGGCCAUCACCUCCACUUCCCUCUCCCUCGCUUUCUCCCAUCUCUUCCGCCCAACUCCCCAACCCCAAUUCCAACCGCGACACCAUGACCUCAAAUUUCCUAAACCCCUGCGCCUUGGCCUCGCGCCUGCACUCUCCUGCGCCGCACCCCUUGCCGCCGUCCCCGACGGCGUCGCCAUAGACGACAUCGUAGAGAGGGACUGGUCCUUCCUAAACGCCUCGGGGUCCCAGCUCCCCCGCGCGCUCGCCGCGGGGGCGCUCUCGCCGGCGUCGCGGGUGCUGGCCGUGACGCCCACGCCGUCCUUCGUGGAUGCCCUCCUGGCCGAGUCCCCCUGCGAGCUCCUGGUCGCCGCGCACGAGUCCCUGUACGUGCUGGGCGGCAUCAAGGAGGAGCACGACGAGGUGAGGUGCUUCCAUUUGGAAGGAGGGGGCGGGGGCCGGGGAGGCGGCGUGGUGGAGGCCGUGCCGGAGAGGUUCGACGCGUUCGACGCGGUGUUUGUGUGCUACUUCCCGGGGAUUGGGGUCUCGGCCGCGGCGCUGCUCAAGUCGCUCGUGAAGAGGUGCUCCAAAGGUGCAAGAGUUAUCAUCUUCUUGGAUCAAGGGAGACAGAACCUGGAGGAACACCGCAGGGAGCAUCCAGACGUUGCAUCCUCUGACUUGCCUAGUAGGUCUUCUCUGGAGAAGGCUGCUGCUGGGAGCAAGUACGAAAUAGUGGAGUUCGUUGAUGAGUCAACAUUGUAUCUUGCUGUUUUGCAAUUCCAAGGGUGAAACAUUUUUUGUAAAACAGAUUAUAGGCUGAUGGUUUAUCAACUCCUCGUCUGUAGAUAGGAUCAUAGGAAAAGGUCCAGUUUCCAACCCUCAACUCUUGCAGAAGUUCACUUUACAACAUUAUAACUUUGAGCUCUGAAACUAAUUAUUUUGAACCCUCA